UCAUGGUGUCCAGGACGAAGAGCGGCUGCUGACUGGGGGGAAACAGGGCUCUAUGGAGGUACCUUAAAUAAAACUACCAAAUAAAGUUAACUGGACUUAGUGUUCUAACUCACAGACGCCUCCGGUCGAAGUUUUCAAACUUUUACGGGCACCCGGACUAGCAAAAAAACCAAAACAACAACUACUAAGUGAAGUACGCCGCAUCAGGUGUGGCAGGACAAACCGAGGCUCUGGGAAAAACGCGGUCCUUCCCUUCAACACCAGCCCCACUGCUUCUCCCGGGACUGCGGCGCUUACUUACUUUCGGGGACGGAAUGGCGCGCUUUCAUCAGCCGGGAAACGACGUGUAGUCGCGGGGAGAAAGUUGCACCCCAACUCGCCCCCGCCAUGGGCGCGCGCUUGUCUCGGAGCGGCAGCUGCCUGUCGCUUCUCCCCGAGAGGCAGGCGGCGGGCCGGCCGGCGGAGCGCAGAGAGUCCGACAACGACUCCCUGGACGGGCUCGUCAGGCGCGAGGACAUCGCCCAGUUUCCCUACGUGGAGUUCACCGGGAGGGACAGCAUAACCUGCCCCACAUGCCAGGGCACCGGGAGGAUCCCUUCAGAACAAGUGAACGAGCUGGUGGCGCUGAUCCCGUACAGCGACCAAAGGCUGCAGCCUCAGAGGACGAAGCUGUAUGUCGUCCUGUCGGUGGUGCUGUGUCUUCUGGCCUCCUCGCUCGUAGCCUUCUUCCUCUUCCCUCGCUCCGUGGUGGUGGUGGACGCAGGAAUCCGCUCAGUGAGCGUGCAGUUUGAUCACUCCAGUACCACAGUCCUAAUGAACAUGACGAGCACGCUGAACUUCAGCAACCCAAACUUCUUCUCCGUGCUGGUGCAGAGCGUGAACUGUCAGGUCCUCUACAUGAAGACGGUGAUCGGGACGCAGCAGCUGGACAACGCCACCACCAUCCAGCCGCUCAGUCACAGCCAGGUGAACUACACUGUCAGUGUGGAGAUCGGCAGCAGUACGCCUUAUGUCUAUGCCUUCUGCACAAUGCCCAGCAUCAAGGUCCACAACAUUGUCGUAUUUAUGCAAACCUCAGUGAAAACCUCCUACAUGGUGCGGACCUCCCAGAACAGCCUGGAGGCUUACCGCUACAUAGACUGCGGCGCCAACACCACCUACCCCAGGACCCGGCAGCAGCACAGGCCCUCUCUGCCGUGAGGCCGGGCAGAUCAUUCCCACAAGGGACUCCCAGAAUGCACUUUGUUUUCACAUACGCAUUCCCAAGUGAACAUCGGAUUUAGUUUCUGAUCAAUAUGAGAUGCUUUUAUAGCCUUUUUUCUCAUUUCUGGGUUCUCGCUGCAUUUCCACGCAUGUAAAAAAAGGUUUUUUUUUGUUCAUUCACAGACAGACUGGCUCACAUGUUGUGGACAACGGAGUGAAAAACUCAGUGAUUCACUCCCAGACAGCGUCCUCUAUUAGAAGCAACACAAAGCUCUUUUCUUUCAGGGAACAUUGUUGUCGUUCUCAGACACAAACCUAAACUGUUCCUGCUGAUGCUUUAACCGUCUUCCACUUCACACUGUUGGCUGAAUCCUGCUGACUUCUCUUUUUAGGAAGAGGGAAAUAUGGGUUUACUGGUUCUGCUUUGGACCCACGCAGAGACACUGUUUUUUUUUUUUUUUUUUGCACCUUGUUCUUGCCUGCUGGUGGCUUUAAACACAGUAAAAUAUUUUUUAUCAGAUGUAUAGAUGAUGUCUGGUCAGUCUACACGCUGAUGUUUUAGAUCGGUGUUUACAGACUCAAGAGUUCCCCCAUGAAAUGUAGAUGAAGUUCUUAAUCGGUGACGCUACAGGUCAGGCUCCAGAAAAACACCAAUAAGGGGUUUUAUGUACGGUUUUUUUUUUGUCUCCGCACCUCCAACCUAUGAGCACCUGAAUGUCGUUUUCACAUCCAUCUAAGAUACUUCUAGAUCCAUUCUCCGUUUGUUGUUCACAAUGAAGAUGGACUCAAAUUAGAUUGUUUCUUUUUAAAGGGGCUUUGGUCUAUUUCUGAAUUCUGGGGAUUUUAUAAAGGGCUGUAAUAUUUUCUUUGGUUUAUGAUGUUAUAAAGAGAUUGAAGAGAAUUGUGAAUAAAUGAAAUUAAAAAAAAUCAA